AUGGGUGCCGGGGGCGCUGCCGUUCGCGGGCUAUCACGGCAAAAGCCCCCCGCCUUCGCCACCGCCUUGUGCCUGAUCCUCCUGCUCCUCGUCUCGGCGUCCCUCCCCACUCUGAACUCUCUUCCAUUCAUCGUCCUUCACGGUACUUCUAUCCCGUUCUUUCUGACCUCUCUAUCUCUGUCUCUCUCGAUUCCUGGUAUUUCCACGAUUACCUUCUUCCCUCCUCGUCAGGAAAGAUGAAGAACACAUGAUUUUACCCACGAUCCUGUCUUCCCGAAUCCAUAUCCUUCCUCAAGAGAGGAGCCUCUCCUUGCCUAUUUCCUUUAUGAAUUCCUAGACUAGCAAUUUGGAUGGAUAAUUUCGAAAAUUGGGUGACCUUUGUAUAAAUGAUGAACGUAUAAUCGGUAGAUCUACUUCUUCGCCUCUUUACAUAACUUGGUGCCCUUCGACAGGGAUUGGUGACCGAUGCACCAACGCAGGGUUGACUCAGUUCACCAACCUGCUGACCGAGUGGUCGGGCUCCACCGGGCACUGCAUGUAAGCUUGCUGAAACUUUCAUUCCUUCAUCCUCUUCAUCAAUUACGUCUGGAAUUGCUUGUCCUUGGUUUGAUCAGAAUCACUAGAAAUUGCGAGAAUGAUGAAGAUCAUUGUUGCUUCUACUGUGGACUUUUCCCUUUAAACCUAAACUACCGGCAUGCUAUUUAAUUGAAGAGUGAAAAUUAAUUCAUGAACACCCUUGACCACGUCCUUUCCUGCUUAUCUCUUCCUUCAACCGGCAACUCUCUCUCUCUCUCUCUCUCUCUCUCUCUCUCUCUCUCUCUCUCGCUUCACGAUGGCAAUCAGUGACCUGAUUAUUUAUUAGUUCUCAAGCUCUCAAUUAUGCAGAGACUCCUGGGUUUGAAUGAUCUUUUACUUUUAAAGAUUAAUUCAUGGUUAUGGCCUUGUAAUCGGUACAGAAUGGAAUAUGGAUUCGGAAAAUGCGUUCAAAUCACAACUCUCUAUGGUUUCUCGUACCCCUUUCAGUCAAAAUAUUUGAUCCUGCUCAAUAAAUUUUCCACUUUGUUUUCUUACAUGUUGAGGAACAAUCUUUCUUGAUCUUUUUAUAAAAUAUUGUAGAGAGAUUGGAGAUGGUUCCUGGGAUUCCUGGAUCAUGCCGCUCACGGAUCAGGUUGACUUACUAGAAAUUAUCCUACUUCCCCAUGGAAAUAUGUAGCUUUUCUUCUUGAUUCUGACGCAUUUUCCUCUGAUGAAUCAGGCAAAUGCUGUCUGUGAGAAGGUGAAUGAGCCCUCACUGCUGCCAGAGCCGAUCUGUGCGUAUAUUUGGGGUUGACUUUAGAUCUCUUUAAUGCGUGUUGAGUUUAUGUAACAGGUGAAGAAGAUGAAGGAACUCAGUGAGGGCUAUCACAUUGUUGGUCUUUCCCAGGUAAUUGGGAUCCUCACAUCCCCACCCUCCACAGUUAUUCACUUGAUUUCGGUUUAAGCCUGAUCAAUAGUGGCAGUAAAUGUUUUCUUUUUUUUAAUUUUUUAUUCUAAUCUGGUGUUUUUAUGUGGUGAUAAUUGGCCAGCUUUUAAUACCAAAUUGUACGGAUGUACCAUUUUUAUGCUGCGAUAUUAAAAACAUUGGCUGGAUUAUAACUAUAUACUUUCAUCAGGUUGCAAAUAGAAAUUUGUUCCAUUUACUGUAAUGGCUCCCAAAUUGUUUUUCUUCAUUCUGCGUAACAUUUUUCCUAUUUCUAACUAUUUUGUCUGAGUAUUGGAUCAACUAUUUCUGAUGCCUCUGUUAUGCUUUCAGGGUAAUUUAAUAGGUCGAGCGGUAGUCGAAUUUUGUGAUGGAGGACCUCCUGUGAGAUUUCCCAUUCCUCUUCCACUUUUCUAGUUUGAUAUUUAUGAUCGUUUUAAAAUUGUUACUAUUACUGUUGUUGUUGUUGUUGCUACUGUUAUUAACUCAGCCUUGUAUUCUAAUCCUGAGGAGUUUUCUUUUCUCUUUCCUAAUGAUUCUUCACUUUAACUGUGGUUAAAGUUCACCAUUGGAUUAAUUUUCUAAUUUCCGACACCUAUUGAUUUUUUCCUAAUACGGGGAAUGUUUUUUCCCAGGUCAAAAAUUUUAUUUCUUUGGGGGGACCACAUGCUGGCAUUGCUUCUGUGCCGCUUUGUGGAGUAAGCCCUCUUUCAAUCCUCCUUAUUAUUUUUUUCUGAAGUAUUUCUGUAUACAAAUACAAAGGAAACGCUGUAAUUUUUUAACUAGGAAAAGGAAAAUGGGAACUAAUUUAAGAUGGAGAUUAUUGCAAAAAACUAAAAUUUAUUGAAAUUAUUUAUAUUUUAAUGUUGAACUUGAUAUCAGACGAUAAAUAUAAACUAGCUCCUUUCCUCUGAAUAUUAUUUACUUACUUUUAGGUUUAACUAGAUACUUACACCACGGUUUUCUUUCCCUCAGACAGGUAUCAUGUGCAUUAUUGUGGACAACCUCAUCAAAUCAGAGGUUUACUCUGACUACGUCCAGGUCACCAUUUAUAUAAGUAGUUAUAUUAAUUCUAUGAUACAAUGAAAAUCACACAGUUUCAGGAUCAGACUUGAGAUGCCCCAACCCCCCCCCCCCCCCUCCCACUCGAGUUGUUUAUGGCAAGCCACUGAUGAUCACGGCUAUCUGAUCUUAUCUGCAGGCUCACCUGGCUCCCAGCGGAUAUAUCAAGAUUCCGACGGUGAGUAAUUCAUGAAUAAUUUUCCCACGUGUUUAUUUUUUAUCUUUUCAUGCAUUUUCCUUGUGUCUUCGAAAUUUCAUUCAUCAUGAAAUUCACGUCAGUAUCUUCUAGGACUGAAAUUUCUUGUCGGCCAUUGGCCCUGGGAAAAGGCCCGAAAAACCUUGGCUUGGCAUCCAACCUUACCGGCCCCCCUAACCCGCCAAGUGCCCAAUAAUUUUCCUAGGUAUUUUCCUUCUCCAUUGAUUAGAAUGGGGAACCAAGCCUGCAUUAAUCUUCCUGAUUUAAACCCUUUGGUUGAUUUCAAGGAAAGUUUCUAGCUUCAUCUAUUAGGACUGGUGGGCUAUGAUCCAUACCUCUCUCCCUAAAAAUCGAGUGUCUCUUCUCUCUAGGAUAUCCCCGAUUACUUGGAGAAGUGCAGGUUUCUGCCGAAGCUCAACAAUGAACGGCCCAGCGAGAGGAACUCUACCUACAAGGAUCGGUUUAGCAGCCUUCAGACGCUGGUUCUGAUCAUGGUGAACUGACUUUUGCUCAUCCUUUUUGUUUUUCUCUUCCUAUGAUGGUGCCCGAUUUUAAUGGACCCGCUGACCAAAUGCCCACCUUUUUUUUUUCCAUUGGCUUUCUGCCGUCAGUUUGACCAUGACAAUGUUCUUGUUCCUCGUGAAACGUCGUGGUUUGGGUUCUAUCCCGAUGCCUCUUUCAGCCCUGUUUUGCCAGCAGAAGAGGUAAGAAAACCAUCAAUGAUCCCACCUUCAUAACCAUGGAAAAAGGAUUGCCGGAUAAAAUUGGAUUUCACAAUGGGGUCAACUGGGGUCCCAAGCCCGGCAUUCGCUGAUCAGCCGGCGUCAUUUUCCUUGUCUGGCAAUUCUUUGCAGACCCUCCUCUACAAGGAAGACUGGAUAGGCUUGAAGGUGUUGAAUGAGGCAGGUCGGGUCAAGUUCGUCAGCGUGGCAGGGAAUCAUCUGGGGAUCUCUCGGGCUGACAUGAGGGAGCAUGUGGUCCCUUACUUGAAGGCUGGGGACGGUGGAAAUCUCUGGAGCUCUCUCUCUAAUCUCUGGGCCACAUCCGUUGAGGCCGUCCAUGGAAGCUGGCUGGGGAGGAUGGUGGGGCUAGCUGAAGCAGCUCCGCCCUGGGCUGCCCCCGUGGGUGAGAGUUGA